CUCUUUAGUGCAGAUCAGACAACUAACCGAGUUUCAAGUAUUCACUUCAGGGAGAUGAUGUGAAAGUAAUGGGAAGGUGCUGAGGGCGGAAAAAUAUCCGGCCCGGAGAUGUCUUUUUUAACGUCACCUCGACUUCAACCUCCAUCCUUCAACCUUCUCACAUUUCGUCUCAUCACGUCCUCAUCAGAUCGCCAACUUCUAUCACCAGAUCCAGUGCCAGAGGUGCCAGUUUUGUCUUUACUCAGCGCCUUGCCGCUUCACCUAGCACCCAAUGCUGCCCCGACCUCUCUAGCGAGCAUGGAGUCACCCACGAGCGCGUUGGCUACACGCGCAGCCGGCAGCAAAGCAGACAAUAGCUUCACCUGCUUCAAUUACUUGCCGCCUGAAAUUCGAGUCCACAUAUGGAAGCUCGCUUUACCAGACCGAGGACGGGUCAUACGAUUGACGCAGUACCAACAUCCCACCGAAGCCAACGCUGUCCCAGGAUCAUGGCCCAACGUAGCUAUGGCAAGCAGGGAGGCCUUCUACGAGACGCUGAACCUAUUGAGUACCGGGCUGGAUGAACGGAGAAAUCCAAGACGUUUAACGUACUUCAACUUCGAGAGGGACGUUAUCUGUAUUGACAGCUACGUUAAGCAACCAGAGUGCUUACCGGAAUUGAUGGAUGAACGAACUCACUUCAGAGACCCCUCUAUUCUCGACCAGGCGGUUGAUGCCUAUGCGGAGCAGCUCAAAACUUGGCUACGAUACCACAAGCAAGGCUUGCAAGUCCUCUUUGUUGUGCGUGCGAUCUUCCACAAGCAGGUUGAAAACAUACAAAAGGUACUGCUGAAGAUUCAAAAUCCGGACCAUCUUUUCAGUCAGCUUUACUCUCUAGCAGUUAAUACCCGAUUCAGGAAAUUAAAAGUUAUCGGCAUGGUUCUCGAGGAGCGUUGCAGCUUAUACUAUCUACUCCACGCGAUCGAAGAGCCGGAGCUGAAGAGAAUUGUCGAGUGUACGGGCCUGCAGUUUAAAGUCUUCAUGGCUGAAGAGGAGGCCAGCUUCCUCUUCGCCUAUGGAGGGAUGGCCUCGGAGUAUAACACAGGUCAGUAAUGGCGCCAUCAUACUAAAGUGAUCAUGUGAAAUAGAAUACCACUGAAAAAGGAUUUAGAU